AGCUCGCUCACUGCCCAUCGGCUCAGUCGGUUGCGAGCCUUGGGACUGUAGGCACUUUUGGGCCACUUAUCUCUCGGCAGCUGUUGUUUCGGUGAAUUAGUAAUAGGCAGAUAAUAGACAUUAUUGUACGUUCCCGAAAAAUUGGUGAUCUCGGAAUGUUGACGGGCGAAACGGUACUGCUCGUCCAGAUCGCUCUGGUGGUGAUCGCUCUGGUACCGCUUGCAAAAUGGAUCAAGAAGCGGCUCAACCUGCACGAUGUGAUCAACAAAAUUCCCGGCCCCAAGGCGUACCCGAUCAUCGGAACGAUGUACACCUUCGUUGGGAAGAAGUCGGAAGAAAUCUUCUACAUCAUUGACAAACGCACCCGUGACUACCCGGAGAUUCAUCGCAUUUGGAACGGGUUCGUGCCGGAGGUGCGCAUCAACAAGGCGGAGUACGUGGAGAAGCUGCUCUCCUCCAGCCGGAACAUUGAAAAGUCGAUGACGUACAAAUUCACCCGGGACUGGCUCGGUCAGGGUUUGUUAACGUCAAAAGAUGAUCGAUGGUUUCAGCACCGGCGGCUCAUAACGCCCACCUUUCACUUCAACAUCCUGGACGGCUUCUGCGAGGUGUUUGCCGAGCAUGGGGCACUGCUGGUGGAGAAGCUGGCGGCAGCCCGAGCCGCCACCAGUGCCAGCCAGCCGAUCAACGUGUACCCGUUCAUGACGAAGGCAGCGCUGGAUAUCAUCUGCGAGACGGCCAUGGGUGUAAAGGUGAACGCACAGACCAGUGGCAUGGAUAAUCCGUACGUUGCGGCGGUGUACGACUUGAGCAGUCUGAUACAGUACCGUCUGCUGCGGCCCUGGCUUCAUACGGACUUUGUCUGGAACAGGACGGCGGAGGGUAAGCGGUACCACGAGGUGCUGGCAAUCGUGCACGGAUACGCUCACAAGGUGAUACGGGAGCGCCGGGAAGAGCGCAAGCAGCUCCGCACGCAGGGAAAGGAUGGAAUGGCGCAGGACGGUGAGCGCAAGCGACGACUCGCCUUUCUCGACAUGCUGCUGGAGAGCAACGAGCAGAACAAUCUGCUGACCGACAACGACGUACGGGAGGAGGUGGACACGUUUAUGUUUGAGGGACACGAUACGACCACCGCCGGCAUGUGCUGGGCACUGUUUCUGCUCGCACUGCAUCCGGACAUUCAGCAUCAAGUUCACCAGGAAAUUGAUUCGAUCUUUGGCGGUUCGGACCGUGCCCCGACGAUGCGGGACCUGAACGAGAUGAAGCUGCUCGAGCGCUGCCUGAAGGAAACGCUGCGCCUCUACCCGUCCGUGUCGUUCUUUGGCCGCACGCUAAGCGAAGACAUACAGUUCGGGCACUAUCACGUCCCGGCCGGCACGGUCGUCGGUGUGCAUGCGUACCACGUCCAUCGGGACGAACGGUUCUUUCCCGAUGCGGAAAAAUUCGACCCGGACCGGUUCCUGCCGGAGCGCACGGAAAACCGACACCCGUACGCGUACAUUCCGUUCAGUGCGGGGCCAAGAAACUGCAUCGGGCAGAAGUUUGCCCUGCUCGAGGAGAAGAGUGUGGUGUCGUCGAUUUUGCGCCGGUUCACCGUCAGAUCGGCAAAGACGCGAAAGGAGCAGCUGAUACAGCACGAGCUCAUCACCCGACCGAAGGAUGGCAUUUUGCUGUACUUUGAGCCAAGGAGCUAGGGGUGAAGGACGAUGUUACUUGGUACUCUGGUGUUUGAUGACCGCUGGUUGUGAACGUGAAAUGUCCCUUUUGUGGGAUAGUAUGGCUUAUAGCGAGUGAUUUCAAACGAUGUAGGGGAAAUUUGAAUGUCCGAGAAUUCGAUAAAAUGCUAUUGAUGCUGAAUAAACGGUUUGGUUAGUGCUAAUGAGAA